AUGAGCAGCCCCCCCCGCUCAGCCGUUGAGGAGUCAAUAAACUCGACGGCGACGGCACCACCAUACACCGCGUCGGUCACAGAUUCAGACAACACGACUGUCACCACCGUACCGCAAGAAGGAGAACCCACCCCAAUAGUCCUCGACACCCUCAUCGAGACUCUCGAAGAACUGGCUGAAGCGCAACGGAUCUCCCGACUACCACAGACCGACACGGAACAGCAUGAUUACAACUGCCGGCUCCUCACGGAUAAGCACCCAGACAGCCCCAACACCGAGGCCCUCCCGGCAUACAACCGGUACAGUUCUGGUUACGGACCUCGGCCAACUCCCCCUGAAGACCGUGAAUCGAUUCUCUUCCAGCGGAUCGCGGACAUCUUUGCCGAACACCCGUCCCUUAAGGAGUUUCUCGGCCUACCGCUGACUCGGUGUCCGCCGGAAUACCAAGCCCCGCCAUCAUAUACCACCAGUCUCGUCCCUGAUACCACCCAGCAGAAAAACAACAACACCAAAAACCCCGAGCAACACCAAGAAACCACCACCCGCUUCCCAACCAACCCCAAAAUCAUCAAACUCCACCGCCUCCUCAUCACCACCUUCUUCCACACCCUCUCCCCCCACACCCCCUCCGAAUCCACCCCCCUCUCCCAUCACAUCCUCCCAAUCCCCGACCCCCACCCCCUCACAACCGCCUACCUCACCACCAACCUCCUCACCCCAGACACCCCCUCCCGAACAGGCCUCACCCCCCUCCUCGCCGCCAUCGCCGCCCGCCGUCCCCACACCGUCACCCUCCUCCUCAGAGCCGGCGCAGACCCGAACCGCUUCGGCACCGUCCAGCCCACCGAACCAGGCUACGCCGCUAUCCCGCUGGGUGAUAAAGCCCUGCACCGGUUGGUUAAGCGGGGCAGAAGGAUCCGGGCGAGAGAGAGGGCGGGGAAGCCGUAUGUUUACCAGCCGACUACGGUUGAGACGCUGCUGGGGUAUUUUGCUGUUGAGAGGACGCCGCUUAUGGUUGCCGCUGCGACGGGGCAGUUGACACUUGUGAGGCUGCUGCUUACACCAACUACUGCAAAUACCACCAAUACCCGCAGAGAACCAGCCCGGGAUGAAUUAAUAGCCUCCGAAGACGGACAACUCGCCCUGCGUCUGGCGCGAGAGGCAGGGCACAGGGAAAUAGUCGAUUUACUCCCCAAGCGCCGGGGUGGGGAAUGGAAACGCUGGAAAACGCAUCACGCCGUCGCGCUGGAACGAGUCACCCGCGCAAGCAGGAAGGCUGGGAGGGUGGCGUUGUGGUUCGCUUGGGACUUGCCGAGGUUUUGGGUGUGGACGGUGCCGUAUCACGUGGUUUUCCGGCCGGUGGGGAAGAUGGGGAGGUGGAUGUGGGUUCAUAGGCGGGAGGUCGCGGAGUGGUGUCUCAAGCAAGUCAAGAAAUCACCCCGGACGGUGGAAAGGGUAGUGGGGGAGGUUUGGAAGGGGGUGAAGGCUCUGCCGGGGGAGGUUGGGGCGGUGAUGAAAAAGAUUCCGGGGUUGGUGAAAAAAGUAAUGAAGUUGGCGUGGAAGGUGAUUUCGAGAAUCCCGGCCGCGAUGAAGGUGUUGGUGGUGUGGGUGUGGGAAGGGUUGAAAGCGCUGGGGAAGGCUACAGGGGAAGUCUUCAAGCGGGUGGUGAGUGUGUUGCAUACGCUGGUAUGGGCGGUGUUGGGGUGGUUGAAGGGGGUGACGUUGAAGGAUGUGUGGAAUGGGGUGUGUGAUGUGGUGGAUGCGGUGGUGCGAAGGUUGCCGAAGGCGGUGUUUGGGGUGUUGAGGGAGCUGGGACCGGCGGUGGGGAGGAUGUUGGAGGCGAUGUUGGGGUUGUUGGGGGAUGUGAUUUGGUUUGUGGUGAAGUUGUUGUGGGCUGUGGUGAAGUAUGUGCCGAAGCAGAUGGGAAAGAUUGUGGCGGCGGUGUGGUCGUCGAUUGCGAAGGGGUAUCAUGAGAUUAUGGUGUGGAUUGACCCGAAGCAUUAG